AUGAAAAGUAAGUAUGAAUUCAUUAUAGAUGGAAUUCCCGGAGUGGGGAAAGGUCCCAUUCUUGAUCUCGUAGCAGGAUCAUUUACUGGUGGGACUGCUGUACUCUUUACUUAUCCACUUGAUUUAGUUCGAACUAAAUUGGCUUACCAGGUAGUUGGAUCCCAAAAGUUGAAUAUACAAGGGUUUGUUAGUGGUGAACAAGUUUACAAGGGAAUAAAGGAUUGUUUUUCAAAGACAUACAAGGAAGCUGGAAUAAAGGGCCUAUACCGUGGAGUUGCUCCAUCACUCUAUGGAAUCUUUCCAUAUGCCGGGCUGAAAUUUUACUUCUAUGAGAAAAUGAAGAGCCAUGUCCCUAAGGAGCGGAAGAAUGAUAUCACGAUAAAACUAGCAUGUGGAUCUGUAGCAGGACUUCUAGGACAAACUUUCACUUAUCCUCUAGAUGUUGUUAAGCGGCAAAUGCAGUUAGAAUGA